GUGAAAACAAACCGUGACGUGGCUAAUCCUGGUGAACAAAAAGAGAGAGAAAACUCCAAUCCUUUAACUAUUUACUGGAAAAUGAAAAUAGUAUAACGUGUAGAAACCAACGUCUAAACCCUUUAAACGAACUUUAACGGCUGUCGGUGGAGGAAACUGUCACCAGUCUGGGGGAACGUUAAGUGCUCGGUUAGCAUCAAUACUUUGACUGAAGAAAGUUUCCCUUUGAAGGCAUGAACUAGGACAUUAAGAUGUCAGACAGUGAAGCUACAGCAGCAGAGGGUCCAGAGGUGGCACCAGGAAGUCAGAAUGCCUCCCCUGCAGGAACACCUGGCAGCUCCUCACCGACACCGCCAGACACUCUGACUGAUGUGGCCCCAACGAGGAGAGCCAGGAGGAGACCAGAGCCCAAGCCUGCACCGGAGGUACAGGAGCCGCCAAAAGAAGAGGAGCAGCCGGCAAAGACACCCACAGAGUCCACGGUGUCCCAGGGUGGCUGGGGUUAUUGGGGCAGCUGGGGCAAAUCUAUCCUCUCUACAGCAACAGCGACAGUGGCCACUGUGGGUCAAGGACUCACUCAGGUAAUAGAGAAAGCAGAAACAUCCCUAGGUAUCCCAAGUCCAACUGAACUCUCAUCACAAGUCGAGGAAGAGCAGAAACAGCAGGGUGAAGCCGGCACUGAGACGGACAAAGGAGCUGGAGAGGGAUCAGCUGGAGAGGGAUCAGCAGCAAUGGGAAGUGCAAUGGGAAUGUUGUCAUCGCUUACAAGCGUUGUCCAAAGCACAGGGAAAACUGUGAUAACUGGAGGUCUUGAUGCUCUGGAGUUCAUUGGAAAGAAAACGAUGGAUGUGAUUGCAGAAGGUGAUCCUGGCUUCAAGAAGACCAAAGGACUGAUGAACAGGAACGCCACUCUGUCUCAGGUGUUGAGGGAGGCAAAGGAACGGGAGGAGCUGCAGACAGCGGAGGUGAAGGGCACAGACUCAGAGAAGAAGAUAGUGGCUCACUACGGGAUGCUGUUUGAUGAGUUUCAGGGUCUGUCACACCUCGAAGCCCUGGAGAUUCUGUCUCGAGAGAGCGAGUCUAAGGUGAAAUCGGUGCUGACCACUCUGUCAGGAGAUGAGCUGGUUCAGCUGAGAGAAGAGCUGGAUCUCAUUAAGGACUCUUUCUCACUGGUGGAGUUUGAUGAUGAGGAGGUAGAUGAGAAGAAAGAUGAAGAUGGAGUAGAGUUUGAAAAGGAGUUAACAGAGGCCUUGGAGGGUCUCAGUGUCACUGUCACAGCUGAAAAACUCAGCAAGGCCUGUAAGAGCGCUUGUAACCAGAUAACUGACAUGUCCAAACCAGAGAUGAAAGAGGAGGAAAGCGAAGAAGACGGAAAGAAAGCACUUUCUGUAGAGGAGGUCCAUGCUGCAGCCAUCAGAAGUCUAGCAGAGCUGACGGCUCGGUCCAUUGAGCUUUUCCACAAACUUGCUGAGAUGAUCCUCUUCUCCAACGGCAGCACAGAGGCCGGCGUUCUGUCACAGUUAACUGUCAUCUUAUGUAAAGAGCUCUCACUGCUUUCUAAGAAGUUCACCUCCUGUUUAACAACCACAGGGUCAAACGAGAAGGGAGACGUCCUCAACCCGCUGAUAACAGGAGUCUUCUUAGAGGCUUCAAACAGUGCAUCAUAUAUCCAGGAUGCGUUCCAGCUGCUGAUGCCCAUCCUGGAGAUCUCCCACAUCCAGAGGAAAUCUGAGUCCACGGAGCAGUGACCGCCCGACGCCAACUCGUCCUUCCAUCACUGUCACGAUGCUGGGACUCUGCCACAGCACAGGACGGACACAGAUCCAGUAUUUUUUGUAAAAAAUUGCCCGAGUCAGCUCUUACUCCGUGGUUUUCUACUCAGGACAAAAUGUUGUGCCUGGGGGGGAGACGUGUGUUCUUGUCAAACAGUGUUAACUUUCUAUGCAUCGCUGGUAUAACUGUAAACCUCAGAAGAAGGAGUCAGUGAUAUUUAAUCUAUCAUGAAGGUGUGGAUCUACCAACUAGACGUGUUUAUAAUGAAGAGUGAGAAGCUUUUAGUUCUUCCUGUUAUUGUUGUAUGGACACUACAUUUCUAUGACAGCAAGCAAUGUAAAACACUUAAGAACACUUAAAAAAGACAUACAGAUGGAAACACCAGUGGGAAUACAUGUCAUAUAAUAGAUAAUAAGAUUCUAUGUAUUUCACUUUAUAGCACAGAAAAUACUGGGGAACUUGUUUUCUAUGCAUAUCUUUCCAAAUCAGUGUUGUGCAGCUUAUGUGUGGUUGUGGAGCAGCUCUAACUUUUGUAUCUUUGCUGACGGGAUUUAACCACUACUAACAGAUAAACAGUAUGGGACUUAAACAUGUGGUUUGUGCAGUCAAAAGGCCAUUUUCAGCUGGCUAAAGGGGCUCUAGCAGGAUAAAUAUUAUUUCACUUCUCAAAAACUCCAAAGCACACAUUAUUGUUGUUGAGUCAUUCUGCAAGGUGUGUCUUUAAUUUAGGGCCAUAACAAUGCAAUUAAGGUUUAUAAUUAGCACGCUAAAUUAUUGAAAAUGCUUUUAUCAUUUGCUAUUUUGUCAUUAUAGGCACACCUCAGUUAAACUUCCAUAUAGGAGCUGCAGUUGACAUCUUCCUGCUCUCACAAUAACGAUCCAAAGGAAGUUCCAUGUUUUUAAAACGACCAGGAAUUAAAGUACUCUUAGCUAAACACAGUAAAAAUUUCAAAGUAAAAGCAUAACUAAAGAACAGUGUGUUGAGAAAUCUCUAAGCUUUAUUCUUAACAUUAGCUGGGAUACUGACUCAGAGAAAGCAACUAACUCCUGAAAAGAGUAAAUACUCUCAAAUUACUGGAGAUCUAUCCAUCCAUUUUCUAUCCCACUGAUCUCGUUAGGGGUCGCGGGGGUAGGAGCCUGUCCCAGCUAUCAUUGGAUGAGAGGCGGGGCUGACAUAUAGAGACAGACAACCAGGCACACUACCAACAGCCGAUUUAGAGUGAUCAGUUAACCUAAUGAGCAUGUUUUUAGAGGUGGGAGGAAGCCCACGCAUGCACGGGGAGAACAUGCAAACUCCGCACAGAAAGGCCCUGACCAUGAAGCAAACCAGGGACCUUCUUGCUGAGGCAACAGCGCUAACCCCUGCGUGGCUGUUCAGCCCUUACUAGAGAUCAUUAGACUUAAAUGAGUCAUUCUGUUCAUGCACUCCUGCAUUUCCCUUAAUAUCUACCAGUGUUAAACUGUGUAUCUGACAGAAUAAGCACUUUGAAGCUGUCUUUGCCUUAUAGGCAGUGCUACCGAUCUGUAUCUAAGAAAAGUUGGGAGCCCCAGAAUUCAUGCGAAACAAAAAAAUUAGACUUUGCCAUAAAAAAAUAAAAUAGAUUUUAACUGUUUUCACCAACAGAACAGGCAUCCACACACUUGGCCUUUGAAAGACUAUCCUCCAAGUGUGAUAUCAUGAUUUUGGUGCAUAUCAUCUUCUAGAACAGUGGUUCUCAAAUGUUUGGGCAUUAGGACCAACCGCCACCUAAUGAAUCACAAUGAAUUUCCUCAAUAACUUGGAAAACUGGUUUUAUAAUACAGGAGAAAGAAUAUUAAUAUGUUAAAGCCUUGAGAAAAAUACUGUAUGUCCAUUGAGGGCUUUCAAUAGCCUUUUUGCCAUUUUUUUUUUUACUGCCCACUUUGCAACCCACUUUUAGGUCCCGAACCACCUCUUGAGAACCACUGUUCUAAACCUCAGAGCUAACAGAGCCUCACGCCCCCCACUGUGAUCUUUGGUGUCCCUUCAAGAGGGUUGGACCCCAGAUUGGGAACCAAUACUUUAAGUCACAGGUGUCAAACUCAAGGCCUGGGGGCCAAAUCCGGCCACCUUUGGACCUUUAUAACUACUUUGAAUUUUAUCUCAUAUUUUCACCUUUUAAACUUUUGAUUUAGAUUUUUUUUUCUCA